AUGGCUCUCAUUGGCUGCGCCUCCUCCCCCGCGCCAAUAGAAUGGAGGGGGCGGGGCGCAGGGGGCGGGGCCGAGCUGCAGCGGGCGACGGAAGCGGCGCUGGAAGCCCCCUCCCUCCCCAGGUGCCAGCCGUGCCCUGUGCCAGCCGUGCCCUGUGCCAUGCUGCUGCCCGCCCUGCGCUGGCUGCUGCUGGCCCCCCCGCGGCUGCUGCUGGCCCUGCGCCGCCUGCUGGCCCAGCUGGGGCUGCUGCUGGCCGCGGGGGCCGCGGGGGUCGCCUAUGGGCUGUGGGGGGUGGGGCUGCUGCUGCGCAGGGGUCCCUGUGCCACCUUCCGCUGGAGGGUGCGGACCAACCCCCCCCCGGGCAUGCUCGAUGCCAGCUUCGGAGAGCAUCGAUUCCUGCGGCUGCAGGGCUCUGGGUUGAGGCUUCACUACGUGACCAAAGGUCCCUGCCAGGCUCCACUGCUGCUGCUGCUCCAUGGCUUCCCCCAGAGCUGGUUCUGCUGGCGCCAUCUGCUGGUGGAGCUUGGCAGCAGCUACCAGGUGGUGGCACUGGACCUGCCUGGGUACGGAGCCUCGGAGAAGCCUCCUGGCACCGAGAGCUACCAGCUGGAGGCCCUGGUGGAUGCCAUCUGCCAGGUGAUCGAGCUGCUGGGGGCACCCCCGGGCACCGGUGCCAGCCAGGCCUCGCCCAAGUGCUGCCUGGUAGGGCACGACUGGGGAGGGCUCCUGGCAUGGGAGGUGGCAUCCAAGUGCCCAUCCCUGGUGGAGAAGUUGGUGGUGAUGGAUGCCCCCCAGAGGGGGGUGAUGGCAGGUUUCAUCUGGUGCCACCCGAGCCAGCUGCUGCGCUCCAGCUACGUCUUCCUCUUCCAGCUGCCCUGGCUGCCAGAGCUGCUCCUCUCCCUGGCAGACUUCGAGCUGGUGAGGAGUGUGCUGCAGUCCCCCUGGCUGGGGGUGCAGAACCCGGAGCGGAGGCUGACGGAGGAGGAGGUGGAGGUCUACCUCUACAGCCUGUCCCAGCCUGGGGGCCUGUCCCCCCCCAUCCACUACUACCGCAACCUCUUCAGGGACACGCCCAUCCCCCGCGAGCCUCCCCCGCCCCCCACCCUGCUGCUGUGGGGCACCCACGAUGCCUUCCUGGACCCUCGCCUGGUGCCCGCCCUCAGCCGCCGCCUGCGGCCCGGUGCCCGCUGCCACCUGCUGCCCGGUGCCAGCCACUGGCUGCCCGAGGACCAGCCCCAGGCCCUCGCCCGCAUCCUCAGGGACUUCCUGGCUGGGGGCCACAGCCAGAGCCCCUGAGGGGGCACCCAUGGGUGCUGCUCGGGCUGCUCCGGGGGGGGUGGCAGGGUGGGGCGAGGUGAGGGUGGGAGGAGGAGCCC